AUGUAUGAGGAGCUGCUGAAUAUGUGUGAUAAACCAGAUGUAGAGCUAUUGCAGGAACUGGGAAGUCUGUUGUUCAGGAGCAAGUCCGUGCAGCUGCACAUGCCUGAGCCGGUAAACCCAGUAUACCGUGCAAUCCCCAUCCCUGGCCUGGUGUCCAGGUGCAACAAAUUUCGGGUUGAAAUUUCCUUCAAUAAUGAAAUAAGCAAUCUCGAUUUCAUGAUGUUUAAAAAUGUACAAAGUUUGAAGUUAGGAUGUGACCUUCAAGACGCAACUUUUUCUUCUGGAAUAUCUACAUUUGUUGCUGCCUGGGGAUCACAAGUCUUCACCUCUGGAAAGCAAUACUGGGAAGUAGAUGUGGACAAGUCUUUGGACUGGGCUGUAGGAGUGUGUCGACACGGACAGCCACCGAAGAAUGGCCCUGUAACCUUGAAGGAGGAUGUGUUUCUUCUUUUCCAUGUGAAGGAAAAUCAUUGCCACACUCUCUUGACAAGUCCUCCACCAACUUUUCACUAUACAGAGAAAACACUGGAAAGGAUUGGUGUAUAUGUUGAUUUUGAUUGUGGCAGUGUGAGUUUUGUGAAUGUGGCCAAAAGUUCCCUUCUAUGGAGAUACCCAGAUAACUCUUUUAACUGGCCACUCACACCUUUUUAUUGCACUUGGCAUACAUGA